AAAAUCCAGUGGAUCUCAUUUUUAAAAUAAUGGCUAUAGGAUUUUAUGCAUCUAUACAAAGAUGUAUCUAUUCAACAUGAAAAUAUUAACUCAGCCAACAGUUGUUGGGUUUACAUGAUACUGAUAAUUAACGUUCAGAACAUUUUUAACUAGUGUAUGUAGAUUCAGAAACAAUGGAUUUUAUGAGCAUUUUUGUAGAGUAGAUUGAUAGAAUGAGUUAUCUUUAAAUUGAUGAUUGUUUUUUCCCCCUUUAGUCAGCAGAUAAGCAGCGAGCUCUAGAAGAAACCAAAGCCUACACCACCCAGUCCUUAGCAAGUGUUGCGUAUCUGAUAAAUACCUUGGCCAACAAUGUCCUGCAGAUGCUGGAUAUCCAAGCAUCCCAGCUACGAAGGAUGGAAUCUUCAAUCAAUCAUAUUUCACAAACCGUUGAUAUUCAUAAAGAGAAAGUUGCAAGAAGAGAGAUUGGUAUUUUGACUACCAAUAAAAACACUUCAAGGACACAUAAGAUUAUUGCUCCAGCCAAUCUUGAACGACCAGUUCGUUAUAUUAGAAAACCUAUUGACUAUACAAUUCUAGAUGAUAUUGGACAUGGAGUAAAGUGGUUGCUUAGAUUUAAGGUGAGUACCCAGAAUAUGAAGAUGGGUGGGCUGCCGCGUACAACACCUCCAACUCAGAAACCCCCCAGUCCCCCUAUGUCAGGGAAAGGGACACUUGGGCGGCACUCCCCCUAUCGCACACUGGAGCCAGUGCGUCCUCCAGUGGUACCAAAUGAUUACGUACCUAGCCCAACCCGUAAUAUGGCUCCCUCGCAGCAGAGCCCUGUGAGGACAGCUUCUGUGAAUCAAAGAAAUCGAACUUACAGCAGCAGCGGGAGUAGUGGAGGGAGCCACCCGAGUAGUCGGAGCAGCAGUCGGGAGAACAGUGGCAGUGGGAGCGUGGGGGUUCCUAUUGCUGUCCCGACUCCCUCUCCUCCCAGUGUCUUUCCAGCCCCUGCUGGCUCUGCUGGUACUCCUCCCCUUCCUGCUACUUCUGCAUCUGCCCCUGCCCCUCUUGUUCCUGCUACUGUCCCUUCCUCCACUGCCCCAGACGCUGCUGCUGGGGGUGCCCAGACCCUUGCUGAUGGCUUCACUUCUCCAACUCCCCCUGUUGUUUCUUCCACUCCCCCUACAGGUCAUCCUGUUCAGUUCUACAGUAUGAAUAGACCUGCCUCUCGCCAUACUCCCCCAACAAUAGGGGGCUCGUUGCCCUAUAGACGCCCUCCUUCCAUAACUUCACAAACAAGCCUUCAGAAUCAGAUGAAUGGAGGACCUUUUUAUAGCCAGAAUCCAGGUGAAGAAACUGAGGCUGAGGUGAUGUCAGUAUCUCUUGCUCCUCCUCCUCCCUCCAUCCUACAGGUAACUCCUCAGUUACCUUUAAUGGGAUUUGUGGCCCGAGUCCAAGAAAAUAUUUCAGAUACACCACCUCCACCACCACCUGUGGAAGAACCAGUCUUUGAUGAAUCCCCCCCUCCACCUCCUCCUCCAGAAGAUUAUGAAGAGGAAGAAGCAGCUGUGGUCGAGUAUAGUGAUCCUUAUGCUGAAGAAGACCCACCGUGGGCUCCAAGGUCUUACUUGGAAAAGGUUGUGGCAAUUUAUGAUUAUACAAAAGACAAGGAAGAUGAGCUGUCCUUUCAGGAAGGAGCCAUUAUUUAUGUCAUCAAGAAGAAUGAUGAUGUUUGUAGAUUGAGGAUGAUGAAAUGAGUCCCCAAACAUUCUGAGGGUGGUUAACAAUCGCUGGCUUGAUUUUAAUGUGCUGCUGCUGCAUGAGACUGCAUUGCCACUAAGGGCUUGUGUACCCAGAUGUGUGAAGUGUGGUAGCCUGGAUCGUAUACUGAAGUAGGCGCGUGAAGCUAGAUGUGAGGUCCUGAGGUUCUGAAGAGAUUGAACUGUAGAAACAUUCUGCUCAAUAGGCAUUCUAAACCCUUGCCUUAGGCAUUCUUUCCAGGAGUAGAAUCUUGGAGGUCAGACCAGUUAUUUCUUUACUUCUUUCACUAUUUAGAAAAAAUUCUUUUUUGGAAAAUAGCAGCUACUUUCAAGUCUCUUAACAGUCACUGGGAACAAAAGUCUUGAUACCGUCCUCUCUGUUGUUAAUGGCCAGUGUUAGCUGCUGCUGAGUAGUUUACUCAAUUCUAGGAAAGGGAAAUACUCUCCCAGUUUUGUGUGACUGGCUUUAGUAGCUUCUGUUGGUGAGAAUUUGAACCUUGUACCUCAGACUAAGAAUCGUGGGAUAAGAGGUGUAAGGCCAAAUACUUACCUAAUUACAUUGCUAAAAAUUAAUGUAAUGUUGAGAGAAACAAUAACAAGUAUUUCUGUCUGUCUGUACAAAUUAUAGCUUCAAAUGCAGUGGAGUUUGUAAGGCAGGUAGAUUUACUCAUCUUCUUUAAUCAGUAUAAAAAAUAGUGGAAACGUCCAGGAGGGCUUGCUGCUCAGCAGGUGGAAGCUGUGGCGAUGACCCAGCUCACAGACCUAACAGUGCUGUGGGUUUGUCCCAGUCCCAGGGACUUGGCCAGAAGAGCCUUUUGCCAGGUCAUUUUCCGGUGCUGGGUGAGAGGGGAGAGGCAAUAGCUGCAUUUACUUCAAGUGAAGGCCUUUAACAGGAUAGUAGAGGUCGAUAAAUUUGAAAAAUGAACAAGUGCGCGCUAGUGUGUGAGGGAAUUCGGUAUAAGCAAAAGUUAAUGUUCUGCUUACAAAUCUGAGCACAGAACUUCAUCCCCAUUUAACUGAGACCCAGAUAUAGAGUUCCCUUAUCAAGACUUUUCGUUUUAAAGUUGUAGGAGUUUUCCUCCCACACACUGCAGGUUAGCUGUUUGCUUUUAGAUUUCUUCAACACUUUGAAUUUAGUGUUCAUUAACUUGCCUCUGCUCCAUGCUUUUGUUAGGUCAUCUUGACAUUCUUUACUCCCUGUUUUCCUUCAAAGUAAUGGCCCUGAAGUGUCGUCUGAGCCUUCGGGUUCAUUAUGGACCUGGAUAGAUUAAACUUUUCUUAGUGUUGGUGUAUAACUAGGAAACCUGUUUUGAAAUUAGAUGUUCCAGUUUUUACUUAAAUAGCUUUGUGCUGAGAAAGCUUAGUGGAUUUUUAAGGCAAGGAGGUAUUUUGAAAUCCAGUAUAGUUCUCACAGCUCACACCUACAGAAGCAGAGAAGAUAAUUGUGCAAAACAGUUGGUGGUAGUCCGCGUGCCUGUUGGACCCCUUCUGGAUUGUGGGGUGCAGAAGACACUGAUGAAGUCCUUCAUACUGAAGACCUGCAGCAGAGGGGGAUCCAUGGGUCAGCUUUUUCUUUAUUAUUUAGUACUAAUCUGUGUGAUUGUUUUUAAAAAAACCUGUUGGAUUUUUGGCAUAUUUUAAAUUUUUGUACAGUUUUGAAUUCUCUAUAUUGUCUUGGAAGGAUGCUAUGUAAUGAUGAUAGGCCAGGCCUACACUAAUUGGAGACUUUUAAUGUAUGUAAUAUUUCAUAGAUUGCAUGCUAUUAAUAGUCUGUGAAGGUAGUAUUUCUUGAUUUAUCGUAAGUUUCCCCCAUUUAUCUUUUUAUAAACUACAAGAUGGUAGUAGGAAUUCCAAAUGAAUACAGAAAUCUUACAGGAUACAUAAUAUUGUGGCAAAGAUGAUCCAAGUCUAAAAUCUGACUAGUAAGCAACCAUUCUAACAGGAUAGAGGGAAUCUAAUGGGAGAGGGGAAUUUUUUCCUCCUCAAGUGCUUUUUUUUUCCAUUUAAAAAAAAAAAAGUGACUUAAGCACCUCACCCCCCGCC